AUGGCAAACUCAGAUAUUGCAGAAAUUUUGCAUCGGCCCAUAAGAAGUCUAACAUUCCCAACAAGCAGUAAUAUGGGCAUCUUCGUCGCUCUCUCAGUGCCACUCGAAGAUCCGCUGAAUUCGAUCUCUCUAUCGUACUUCUUCGAAGCAAACUACAGUUUACCGCUGAACAUAACGUACUUUGAACCCUGGACGGAACGAAAAAAGAGAAGGCGAAGUAUCGACAGAACCACGAUCUAUCGAGUUCUAGAAAGUAAAUUCGAGAGCUCCGGUUAUCCCGGAAGAGAGUGUCUGCUGAGAGCGAUCUGCGAGACCUCGGAAUUUCCACUUCAACACAACGGGAUGAUCGGCGAUAUUAUGCACGUGCUUUUCAGUCCAAGUACUUCGAGGCACGAGGAAUUGCCGCAAGAUAUUGUCGAGGCAGAACUAGUCGGCCGCAAUGGAAGCUGUUCCAAGUACCAACCGCAAUGCCCGCUGGGACUCUUCGACUUGAUUGGAGUCCUCGCGUGAUCCUUGAAAAAUCGUCGCAGUUUACCGUGCCACUUUCACGAAAUAAACACUCUAAUUGGCAGUCUUUGGAAAUCGUUCACGUAUUGCCGAAGACAGAAUGCAAUAUAUAUUCUAA